UACUGCCAACMUUAAGGCUGGUGGCAAAAAGAAACUUAGCAAGGCUGAACGACUGCAGUUACAGAAAGAAGAAGAAGAAAGGCGGCUGAAAGAGGAAGAGGAAGCCCGAGUGCAGGCUCAGCAAGAGCUAGCAGCAAGACUUGAGAAGGAGAGACUUGACCGAGAGCAGAUGGAAAGGCUCGAGGCAAAAGAUAAAGAGCGAAGGGAGUCUGAACUUGCAGAACUUUGUUUGUUAGAAGAGAAGUUCGCGUCUGCAGAGAAGUGGAAAACAGAUUAUAGAGCGUAUGCGAAGUGGGAGCAUUACAUUGGUUGUGAUGGAAGUCCUGACCCAACUGUGCUACAAGAAAUAAAUACUUUCAUGAGCUUGUGGCGUGAAGAACCAAAUGAGGACAUUCAGUUUGUGAUGGAGAAGGGAAAAGAAGUGCUAAAUUUAAUUGAGAAGUUGCAGUUUCUUUUAUUGGACACACCACCAGAUGAGAUAACAGAGAAAGAAAGAGUUCAGUACCAGGGAACAAUUUUGGACUUGCAGAAUCUUCUUCAUCAGAAGUACAAUGGAGCAACAGAGCGCCUGCUUAAAACAGAUGAUAGUAUGUCUGAAGAUAAUGACAGUGGAAAUAUGCAGGUGGUCAUAAAGGAUAAUAAUGUUGCACUCUGUAUUUGGGCAAAUUUGAAGAAGAAUAUAAGGUUCAAAUCCCACGUGUUUCUGGAGACAAAGCAUGGAUUUGACCUUCCGAAGUCGCUGGCUGUGAGCAGCAUCGCUGUGCGCAUCUUUCACACUCACUACGAUCACGUCUCUCCGCUGUGGCUGCAGUGCCAGCGUGCCCCAAAGCUGAAAGUCUCUGAUUACAGAGAAGCAACUGGAGACGUGAAAGARGGGGUAGGAGCAGCAGCAGAAGAGGAGCAGAAGGCUGAAGGGGAGCCCAGCACAGCCACCGAGGAGGAAAUGCAUUCUGAGGGGCUAAAGAGGACUAACUCAUUCAAAGAAAAUGCUGAUGACAUAGCUGGUGGAAAUGAGAAGACAGAAGAGGCAACUGAGAAGAUAUCAGGCAUCACUGAUGUACCRUCACAAGCGGUGCUGGAAGAGGCCGGUGCUGCAGAGGAGCAGGUUCCCGACGCCAACGUCGUUGACCUGUGGCAGUGGGUGCCCGUGGGCGGCGUCUUCCACACGGCCGCGCUGCAGCUGCCACCAGCGGCCAGGGAGCUCCGGARCUGGCGGAUGGUGGAGGUCCUCGAGCGGGGAUUAGAAGAAUAUCCGUAUCCCCCGGAAUCGGAGGAGACUUCGGAAGAUGCCACCCAUCUGCCCAUAGAGAUCACGCUGAGCCUGCCUGAMCACGUGCUCUAUUUUGAGGCCCCUGUAAUAGCCCGCUGGGAUGCUGCAGGCCAACAGUGGCGAACAGAUGGCAUCAGCAACACAACAUAUGAAAAAGAACAGAGGAAAGUCCAUUUUGAGAUGGAUGCCUUUUAUACGAUAGCCUUGCUCCAGGAUGCUCACAUCAACAUGCCUUAUCAGGCUUGGGAAUUGCGCCCUACUGGUACCGAUGAAUUAUUACUUAUAGUUACUACAGCCUUUGCAGAGGUUCAGAUACAAGUUAAGGAACAUCAGUGCAUGUUGGCUUCAGUCACGGUAGAAGAGAAGAAAGUGCUUUCCCUGUUGACAGGAAAAUGGAUGAGUCCAGUCCACCUAACAGUACUUUUGAAAAAGACUGGUAUAAAUAUUUUCCCAGGAGAGUAUUCUCACAAGUAUAUCUGUGUGAACAAAAAGGCUCCCCUAGCAGAAGUUAGGGCAUAUCAACAAAUGGGACUUGUUGCAUCUGCUUUUGCUUUCAGUUGGAGCAAAUGGAAUCUGGAAUCAGGGGAAGAACAAAUAGUGGUGAAGGUAAGUGAGCAUCUUAAAGCAGAGGCUGUUAAAGAUGAAGACUGGUCUCUUUACAUGUUUAAUGGUCAGAGAGCACAGAGGCUCAAGAUCACUGAAGCUAGUGAGGCUUUUUCAGAAGAGCUAGAAGAUGACUCUGAAUUUCACUCCACCCUCUACCAUAUGCUUAAAGACUUUGCCAGCAAUGAAGCCAUCAAGAAAGUCCAAACAGCUGGCUUCCUGUUCACUGAUACUGUAUAUCAGCUGCUCCUUGCUACAAGAGUAUUAACAUACUCUUAAGCAGACUCUUAAAUACUGCA